AUGAAUGCUCAAGACGUUUCCAACUUCGUACAAAAUCCGGAAGUUAUUGCGCUAUUUGAUCAUUUUCACGCCGAGUAUGCUGUUACGCCAAAAACUCAAUUCAACGCUGAUCAAGCGAAGAAGCAGGAACUUGAGGCCCAAAAUGCUGAAUUGAUUGGACAGCUCAAGAAUAUGAAUAUGGCUAUGCAAGAACUCGUGGCGGAGAGGGAUACCUUAAGGAAUCAGCAUACCGCCAUCCAGGGAGAGAGGGACUUCUACUUCCAAGCCGACAAGCUGCGCGCCGUCUCAAUUCGGAAGCUCCAGGAGCAGCAUGCAAAGGAGCUCACCAACAAGAGCCUGGAAUACCAAGCGCUUGAGGACAAAUUGGUGGCUAGUCAGGAACAACAUGUCAAGGACAUUAAUGACAAGGACCUGGUUAUUGGAGAUCUGGAGACCCACCUAGCUGCGGCUGAGCAGCAAACCAUCGAUAAACUCAAGGUGCUUGAGGAGCAGCAUGUCAAGCAGAUCAAAGGCAAGGAUCUGCAAAUCCAAACGCUUCAGGACAAAUUGGCGGCUGGUCAGGAGCAACAUGUCAAGGAGCUCACCGACAAGGACCUUGUCAUCAAGGAACUGGAGACCCGCUUACCUGCUGCGGAAGUACAAACCGUCGAUAAGGUUAUGGAGCUCACAAAUGAGAACAAGCGACUCUCUCUAAAAAUUAAGAAGCUCCAGGAGGAGAGCAUCAGGGCUGAGCGACUUCAUAAGGAUCUGAAGGAAAUUUCGCAGAGAGCUCUGCAGAAGAAGGAGACCUUGGGUCAGGAGAAGAAGGAGGUCGUCCCUGAGCCAACUACUCAACUCCACACUGAGCUCGGCAAGCUCUAUAUGGAGCUCCAGGAAGCAAAGAAGCCACAAGAGGCUCUCAAGACUCAGUUGGCAGCAAAGGGCAAGGAAAUCGAGUGUCUCAUGGAGCAACACAAAGCGAAGCUAGCCGCUAAGGAUUCAGAAAUCCAGAAUCUGAAGGAGAUGAUUCAGGGAGGAGAUGAGAUGAAUGAGAAUCUGAUGGCGAAGGAUCCGGAGAUUCCGACGAUGGAUUCUCAAGAACUUCUCUCUUUCCUACAAAGUCCGCAAGUCAUGGAGCAGAUUUCUAAGCUUGAACUCGCUCGUGAAAAUGCGAUAAGAGCCCAACUGAGCGGUGAUCAAACCAAGAUGCAGGAGUUUGAGUCUCAAUAUGUUGCAUUCAUGGAACAUUAUAAAAAUAUGUGUAUGAUCAUGGGGGCACUAGUUGAGGAGAGAAACUUCUUGAAGAAGCAACAUGCCGCCAUCCAGUCUACAAGACAAGAGUUUGAAUCCCGUGAAGCUGAAUUGGUUAGAAAACUCAAUGAAAACACUGCUAAGCGGGAUCUCAUUAUGGAGAAGGAUGCAUUGAAGAGAAGUGAUGAGGUGCAGAUCCAAACCACCAAAGAAGAUGCGGAGAGAAUUCGGGAGCUUCAGGAGUAUGCCAAGGCGAUCAACGACAAACACCUGGAAUUUCAAACGCUUGGAUCCAAAGUGACACCUUAUCAGAAGGAGAUUACCGUGCAGAAUCUGAAGCCUCAGGAGCAACAUGCCAAGGAGUUUAACGACAAGGAUCUGGAAAUCCAAACGCUUAAGAUCCAAUUGGCGGCUAGUCAAGAGGAGAGCACUAGGAAGAGUAUGAAGCUUCUGGAACAACAUGCGAAGGAGCUCAACGACAAAAACCUGGUCAUCGGAGAUCUGGAGACCCACCUAGCUGGGGCUGAGCAGCAAACCAUCGAUAAGCUCAAGGUGCUUCAGGAGCAACAUGACAAGCAGAUCAAAGGCAAGGAUCUGCAAAUCCAAACGCUUCAGGACAAAUUGGCGGCUGGUCAGGAGCAACAUGCCAAGGUGCUUAACGACAAGGACCUGAAAAUCCAAGAACUGGAGACCCGUCUAUCUCCAGCUGAGCAGCAAACCGUCGAUAAGGUUAUGGAGCUUACAAAUGAGAACAAGGGACUCUCAGAAAGAAUUCAGAAGCACCAGAAGGAGAAGGUCUUUCCUGAGAAACGUCUUCAAUCUCUUGGAGUGACGUUGCAGGAAACGUUGCGUCAGAAGGAAGACGUGCAGAAGAAAAAGCAGGAGGUCGUCUCCAUGCCAACUACUCAACUCCAUACUGAGCUUCACACUGAGCUCGGUAAGCUCUAUAUGGAGCUCCAGGAAGCGAAGAAGCCACAGGAGGCUCUCAUGACUCAGUUGGCUGCAAAGGACAAGGAAAUUGAGUUUCUCAUGGAGCAACACAAAGCGAAGCUAGCCGCUAAGGAUUCAGAGAUCCAAAAAUUGAAGGAGAUGAUUCAGGGAGGAGAGGAGAUGAAUGAGAACGUGAUGGCGAAGGAUCCGGAGGUUGAAGCCACUCGUGACGGACAAUCCGAAUAA